AUGGGCGUUAACGGGGAAAUUGAGGAUUUGAUACAGUCGUCGAACGUUUUGAAACGCAAGAAAGAGGACUGUCCAGAGGAACUUCUGGAGGCUGAAAUCAAGCGAGUGGCAUUGAACGACGAGAUGGAAGAAAAAGACGAUACAGAAGGAGAUUUAGAGCAAUCUAAUGAGGGCAAUAACGCUGAGAUUGCGGGUGGUAUUCCGGAUAUAGAUAACGAAACCAAACAAUUGCAGCGGACACAUUCGAAUUCUGAAUUGGAAAACGAUAGGGACGCAGAUACUAAGGACUAUAUCCAUUUGCGCAUGCUGUGUUUGGUUAAACAGGCCUCCAUGAUAGUGGGUCCCGGCGGCGAGAAAAUCUCGAAAAUGAAAACCGAGACCAACACCAGAAUUAACGUCUCGGACAACAUUCGCGGGGUGCCCGAGCGUGUCAUUUUCAUUAGAGGCCGGUGUGAAGACGUGGCCAAAGUGUUUGGGCUAAUAGUACGCGCCAUAAACGACGAAAAAGCGGGCGACUCGACUCAGAACUCAACACCGUUGACACUCAAUCUUUUAGUACCGCAUCACAUGAUGGGGUGUGUCAUCGGCCGCCAAGGCUCCCGUCUGCGAGAGAUCGAGGAGCUCAGUGCCGCCAAAUUGAUGGCAGGUCCACAGACACUUCCCAUGUCCAAUGACAGGAUCCUGUGCGUCACUGGCGUCGCAGACGCCAUCCAUAUUGCGACCUAUUACGUGGGACAGACAAUUCUCAAUCACAAGCCGUCGUUUGCUGCAAAAAAGUGCAUUUUCUAUCUUCCCAGCGCGUUGCAUUCGGUACUCGUCAACAACUACGGCGUCAGCAUGCAACAUCAACAACAGCAUCAGUACCGGCCGGGCGAAAACGGCAAGAAACGACUUCAUCGCAUUCCCUCAUACGGCUACGCAGCCAUAACGACACAUCCCGCUGGUUUCGCACCCGCAGUGAGUGUAAACAAUGUUAGACUGUCAGAUACGGUUACGACUGCGCCAAUUGUGCCUGAUUUGACUUCCCGACUGAGUUUAAUCCAACAUGAGAUUUAUAUUGAUGAUAAUUACGUCGGGAACGUCAUUGGAAAGCGAGGAAAGCACAUCAAUUCCAUAAAGGAGAGCACUGGAUGCUCCAUACUUAUCGAUGAUCCUGUAACUGGCUCCACUGAACGGAAAAUUCUCAUCAGAGGAACCCCCAUGGGUAGCCAAACGGCGAUUUUACUGAUAAACAACAAAAUCGAGACGGACAAGAGAAACAAAGAAUCAAACGAACAUAAAGAAGUGGAUCCCACCAUGAGCUUCCCGGGCUAG